UUCAGCUGGGUAAAUAUUGACAAGAACAAGUCGGCACAAAUAAAUUUAUUUAAAUCGAAUUUUAACAAAUAUGGAGGAAUUGCUGGAAAGAGUGACCUCGUUGGAAGUGUUGGUGUCACAGUUAGCAAAAUGGACCAAUUUUUCCCCAGGAGGUCCCCCUAAAAAUACCGAACAGACUGGGUCCAACGAAGGAUCUUCACUAAACAGGAAUCGAGUAACAGGAACUGAUUCGGAAGCUGAGUCAUCGAGUGGAUCGGAGCCAGGUGAUGGAAAAUCUGAGGGCUUCGUUUGUGCCACUACGCUACCCCCAGAAGCAGAAAUAGGGGAUCUCCAUCGCUGUACUGCGUGUGGUAAAGGCUUCAGACAAAGGAGUGAAUUGAUUGGACACCGUUCAAGAGUCCAUAAAUUGACGGUUCUCCCGUGCCGCUUGUGUAAUAAAAAAUUCGUAGAGAAAACGGAGCUUGACCAACAUGUGAGCCGCAGUCAUGAUGUUGACUACUUUAAGUGUGUCCCAUGCGCGAUUAGAUUUACGGAUCAUGACGGACUCGACAACCACGUGAGAUUGGAUCACCCACCAGAUCAUAAAUGUCCGACUUGUGGGCGAGAAUUUCCAUAUCAAUAUCUUCUGUCGCGACAUGUGAAAAUGCAUAAAAGAGGGCGACCAAGGAAACCAAGGUCGUGAUAGAUGAAUAGGUCUCUUAAUUUUAAAAUAACGCUCAGCCAUAAUCAGGAUACUUCAGAGAGCUAUACAUUUUCCAAGUUUAACUCGGUUCAAAAAAUUAAGCAUCAUGUUUGUUUCCAACGACUCCAUGAAACUAUAAAACGACGUUUAUACAAAAUUUUAAAAUUUGAAAUUAUCUGUAAGCUAUUAUUUGCAAGCUAUUUCUGGAUUUUGAA